AUCUUCAUGACCCACUUGUCCAAUUAUGGCAAUGACCGGCUUGGGCUCUACACUUUUGAAAGUCUUGUCAAAUUUGUGCAAUGCUGGACCAAUCUUCGUCUCCAGACUUUGCCUCCCAUCCAGUUGGCCAAAAAGUAUUUUGAAAUAUUUUCAGAGGAAAAGAACCCUCUGUGGCAGAACCCUUGUGAUGACAAGCGCCAUAAGGAUAUCUGGUCAAAAGAGAAGACAUGUGACCGGCUUCCCAAGUUCCUUAUUAUUGGUCCUCAAAAAACUGGCACAACCGCUGUGCAUUUCUUUCUCUCCAUGCACCCAGCUGUGACUAGCAAUUUCCCAAGCCCGUCCACCUUUGAAGAGAUCCAGUUCUUUAACGGACCCAAUUAUCACAAAGGAAUUGAUUGGUACAUGGAAUUCUUCCCCAUCCCUUCUAAUGCCAGCACAGACUUCAUGUUUGAGAAAAGUGCCAAUUACUUCGAUACCGGGGUGGUCCCCAAACGAAGUGCAGCCCUUCUUCCACAGGCCAAAAUCAUUGCUGUCCUCAUCAACCCCGCUGACCGAGCCUACUCUUGGUAUCAGCACCAACGUGCUCACAGUGACCCUGUGGCACUUAACUACACCUUUUACCAGACCAUUUCUGCUGGACCCCAGGCCCCUCAAGAGCUGCACAAUCUACAGAGUCGCUGCCUGAAUCCUGGAUUAUAUUCGACGCACCUGGAGAGAUGGUUGACGUAUUUUCCAUCAGGACAGAUUCUGAUCGUUGAUGGGCAGGAGCUCCGACACAAUCCUUUUUCCAUCAUGGACAACAUUCAACGGUUUCUGGGAAUUACACCACUGCUGAACUACACACAAGCACUAAAGUACGAUGACGCAAAGGGAUUUUGGUGCCAGCUACUCGAUGGAGGAAAGACGAAAUGCCUGGGGAGGAGUAAAGGGAGAAAAUAUCCAGAGAUGGAUUCCUCGUCCCGCAUGUUCCUGGCAGAUUUCUACCAUGAGCACAACACUGAAUUAUCCAAGUUGCUGAACACCCUCAGGCAGCCACUUCCCACGUGGCUCCGGGAAGAGCUGCAGAAUUCCAGCUGGAGCUGAAGCCCAGAUCUCCACCACCAAGACUGCCAAACAUAAAGUGGGAGCCCUCGGGAAGGACACAUAAUGUGUGAACACACACACGCACAUACCACUGCCAACUUUCCUUGAAUCACUCAGAGAGGGAGGAGGAACCGUGCUGUCUGUGGGUGAACCAUGCACCUUUUAACUCUUUUAUGGUUUGACUCAGCUGAGAAACACCUUCAGGCCGUAAUUGCGUAAGAUAAGCUGUGCACCAGUUGCCCGUCGUUCCCAAAUCCGACAGUCACUAACAUAGGAAUGGGUGUAGCCUGUAAUUCCCAGAUGCAAGGAAGCUGAGAGUAGCGUCUCAAAAGGAGCGGAAACACGCAAAUGUGGUUGGCUACUGUGACAUUUCUUGUUAAUGUCCAAAAUGCUCAGGAAACUAGCAAGUGAAUGUCUUAACUGUUUGUGACAACUCUGUUACGUAUUGGGGGUGGUGUUUCCAAAGUUCUUAAGUCAGGCAUCAAAACGGCCUUUUCUUAAGUCCAUUUUAGUUAUUUCAUUAUUUCUACUCCGGAGGGGUCAGGGAGACAAAAUGGGUGACGCCGCUAGGAUGGUACAGACGUUCUUAGAAAGUGGGUUUGUGACAAGUAAAAGAUGGGAGAGAAAUCUGAGGUGCUCUCUUCAGCCACUGCAAGGAACUUAUCUUCAUCUGGAAUGAAAAGUUGUCCCCUGAUGCCCGCUGCAUGGAUUUUUCUUCUGGCAUUUAGUUGUUAGUAGUCUCCUUUCAUUCUUUUCUGAGCACAGCCGGGAGGUUAUGAUUGAGAGAGAAUAGAAUUGGUACACAAAAUUUCUCAAUUUUGCUUCAGGUGAGUCUCCGUUUCCUUGUAGCAUCUAUUCCUGUUUUAUCUUCUGCCUUGCUACCACUAUCUUGAGUACAAAGCAGGUUCUGACCCAUCUCUCAAACAUGCCUUAUGUACAGGGGCCCAGCGACUCCUAAGAAAACCAAUGCUGAGCUCAUUGGAAACGCACAGCUGUUGACUUAAGACAGGGAGACACCUUGGGGGCAACAUCUGUAACUUGGUGCAUUCAUGGAACCAGGGAUUUCAACCAAGCUUUCGCAUUGAGCCUUAGUCGUGCGUUUUUAAUUGUGAAUUUACCAUUGUCUGUAAAUAUAUAACGUGGACUUUAUAAUAUUUCAUUCAAUGUGUCUCCAAGCAGCAGGAAAUGUUGUGUAACCAAAAAAAAAAAAUGUAACCCACCAACCUAAAAACCCUGUGGCUGAAGAAAGAAAACAAGUGCUGUUCUUUCCUGCACUGGAUUCAUGUAUAUUGUCAUUCACAUUGAAUGAUACAAAUAAAUUCUUGGCUCUUGCAGCUGAGCACAAUGUCUAAAUAAAAAUUAGACAUAGCAUUUGGAUCAAUAAA